CAGUUGUUAUCAAGAAGUCAUAGAAGUCACAUCUCUGCAUAUCUACUCUACAAUAUCUACAGGCAUGGCUCCAAAUAAGAAGGCAGUCAACAAGAAGUCUCCUGCUCUUUGAAAAUCUCCGCGGAAGAAGAGGACAUGCUCGCCUUCCCCUGAACCACCACCGCAGCUAGACCCUGUUGAUGUAGAAGACAUUUAAGACACUGAACUUGAAGUUGAUAUAGUAGCCAGUGAACGUGACUCCUCGAUCUCCAGAAGUGAUGGUUCGGAAUAUGGUGCAGCUACAGCUACUGCCACGACCACUGCAGCAAAGCACAAGAACAGGAAGCCUAAGACUAAGAUGGCCAGGUCCCUCACAAAGGAAGAAGAGGAUGAGGUUAUUGAGUGGCUGAAGUCAAACCGAUUCCUUUACGACAAGUCCAGUUUCGAGUUUAAGAACCGUCACAAGAAGGAGCGUGCCUGGCUGGAGAUGGAUCAGAAGAUGCGGGUGAACCCUGGUGACCUCUACAGAUGGUAUACUUCGUUGAGGACCCAGUACGUGAAGGAGGUGAAGAAGAAGGAAAAUGCAACACGAUCCGGCGCCGGUGCUGUAGAUGACAUCAUGACGCCUAGAAUCACCUGGUUGUUGGAGAAGUUUGAGUUCGUCAAGCAGUAUGUCUGUCAAGCCAGGGCCACCAGAGGGUCGAAGAUUCAGAGACCUGACCAGCACUCUGACUGCAAUGAGUCAUCAGUGACACCCCAGACUACCCUUGAAGGUACACCACAGUCGGCGACAACAUCAGCGACAACAGGCUCCAUCUCCGACUACCUCGACAAAGUCUCGCAGCAGCUGGCAGAGCCGAACAGUGACAUAGAGAAGACCUGCGACUUCCUUGGCAUGCUCAUGGCGAAGAUGACCCCUUCCUGCCUGGAGGAUUUCACCCAUGAAGCCACCUCCAAGGCGAUGGAUUAUGUGAAACAGUCCAACCUGGAACGUCGUCAAGCACAGCAACCACCGCAAGUCACCUUUUUGCAGCCACCACAGCCUCCGUUCAGAUUCACGCAGCAAUUGCAGCAAGCCAGCCAGCCAGCAGCACCGCAGUACACCCUGUUGCAAGCACCACCACAACUCGCCGCAGCUCCCAGUCCUAGUCCCAGUCCUCGGCCGACAACGUCCACCACAGUGUUGAGGCAGACCCAGCAGCCCCAGCUGACUACCGACUACAUCCUGGCACGCAAUCUGGCAGCAUCCAAUCCACCUGCUGAUGUCCUGCAGCAGCAAGGACAGUAUGCGGGAACAGAGUUUCAACCGGCCAGCUGCAACCCACCGCCUACUCCACCCCAAUCCGCAGUGGAACCUAGGCACCCACCACUACAACUUCAACUUCGACGGAUACUGCAGCAGCCUUGA